UUCUUCUUUUUCUUCUUUUUCUUCUUCUUCUUCUUCCUCUCCUUCAACCAUGGCUUUCAUUCUUGAAGCUAUAUGUAUAUUUCUAUGAGGCCAAUCUAAAUUUCAAUAAAAAAACCUCUAAAUUUCUUCACACCUUCUUCUUCUUCUUCUUCAACAACAACAACAACAACAACUACAACAAACAAUAAUGUACUCAAACUCAAUCCAUUUCUCAACAACUCUUCUUCUCCUGCUCAUCAACUUCAUCACCAUCUCACACUGCAUUCAAUCACAACAAACUCAAGCUCUACUUGAAUUCAAGAAACACUUGAAUGAUCCUCUGAACUAUCUCACCACCUGGACUUCCUCUCUUCCACCCUGCCAGUUCCAUGGCAUCAUAUGCAACUCAAACUCCUCUGAAAUCAUCGGCAUUUCCCUCGCAAACAUGUCGCUUUCCGGCACCAUUUCGCCUUCCAUUGCUUCACUGAACAGUUUAGUUUCUCUAGACAUUGGCCAGAACUCAAUCACUGGAACCAUUCCUAAUGAACUUCUCAAUUGCACCAACCUUCAAAUUCUUAACCUUUCAACUAAUGGUCUCACUGGCCUGUUACCUGAUCUUUCAUCUUUGACAAGCUUGAUACUUCUUGAUGUUUCGUCGAAUUCUUUAACUGGUGAUUUCCCUGCAUGGGUUGUCAAACUUACAAACUUAGCUCAGCUUGGUCUUGCUGCAAAUCAAUUCAAUGAAAGUGAGAUUUCAGAGAGCAUUGGGGAGUUGAAGAAUCUAACAUGGCUUUUCCUGAACAGCUGCAAUCUCAGAGGAGAGAUCCCUGAAUCCAUUUUCCAGUUGGCAUCACUUGGAACAUUGGAUCUUUCCAUGAAUCAUCUCACUGGAAUCAUUCCAAGUUCUAUCUCAAAUUUAAAUAAUCUUUUCAAGCUUGAGCUUUUUCAGAACAAUCUCACUGGAGUGCUCCCUGCAGAGCUUGGAAGCAUUGCAGGUUUGCGGGAAAUCGAUGUUUCUCGCAACCAGUUGAGUGGUGAACUUCCUGCUGAACUUGGAUUUCUGAAGAACUUGACUGUUUUCCAAAUUUAUAGGAAUAAUUUUUGGGGUGAACUUCCUUCAGAAUUUGGAAAUUUAAAGUUUCUCAAUGCAUUCUCUGUGUACGAAAACAAGUUCACUGGUUUGUUCCCCGCCGAGCUUGGUCGGUAUUCACCAAUAAACAGUGUAGAUAUAUCAGAGAAUGAAUUCUCCGGUCCAUUCCCCAGAUACUUGUGCCAAAAUAACAAUCUGCAAUAUUUGCUUGCAUUGAACAACAAAUUUUCAGGUGAGUUUCCUGAGAAUUAUGCAACUUGCAAGACUUUGAUGAGGUUCAGAAUCAGUCAGAAUGGAUUCACCGGAAAAGUUCCAGAUGGUUUGUGGGGCUUACCAUAUGCGCAAAUUAUCGAUGUUUCUGAUAACUAUUUCGUUGGAAAGAUUUCUGCUGCAGUAGGCAUGUCUGCAAGCUUGACCGAGCUCAAUGCGCAGAAAAACAAGUUCUCAGGUGAACUACCGAAGGAACUCGGAAACCUGUCUCAGCUGCAGAAACUGAUUGCUUCCAGUAAUUCCUUUUCUGGUCCAAUUCCUGAAGAAAUUGGAAACUUGAAUCAGUUAACAUCUUUGCAUUUGGAGAGCAAUGAAAUUUCAGGAAGUUUACCAACUGAACUCAGUAUGUGCAACAGAUUGGCUGAUUUAGAUGUGGCAGAUAACUUGUUAAGUGGUGAAAUUCCAGAAAGUUUGGCAAUGUUGACAUCUUUGAAUUCAUUGAAUUUAUCAAGAAACAUGCUCACAGGAUCGAUUCCAGAUGGAUUGCAAAUACUGAGAUUGAGUUCUCUCGAUUUAUCGAUGAAUCAGUUGUCUGGAAGAGUACCACCGGAGUUACUGGUUAUAGCAGGAGAUGAAGCAUUUGCUAACAAUGCCGGACUUUGUACUGAUGAUUUAACAAAAAACCAGGUGACUACUUUGUUGACUGUAUGUAAUUUGAGCCAGAGUCACAAGAGAAACUCAGAGAAGAGAUUGGUUUAUAUAUCGAUACUUUUUGCACUGCUAGUUCUAUCGGUUUUACUAGCAUUUGCAAGUUUCAAGAGAUUCAAGUUUGAGGAACUAAAGAAGAACAAGGAUUUGGAGGAAGGAAGUGAAGAAGAUAUAAGUUGGAAGUUGGAGUCUUUCCAUCCAACAGAGAUGGAUGCUGAAGAAAUUUGCAACGUAGAUGAUGACAACUUGAUCGGAGAUGGAGCUAACGGUAAAGUUUAUCGGCUUGAUCUUAAUAAAAACCGAGGAACAUUUGCAGUGAAAAAGUUAUCAAAAUGCAAAGGAGAACAAGUUUUGAUGACAGAGAUUGAUAUCUUAGGGAAGAUUAGGCAUAGAAACAUAUUGAAACUCUAUGCUUGUUUGACAAGAGGGAAGGCGAAUUUUCUUGUGUUCGAGUACAUGCCUAAUGGUAACCUUUAUCAAGCUCUUUGUCGGGAAGUUAAAGGCGGUAAGCCGGAGUUGGAUUGGAAUAAAAGAUACAAUAUUGCAAUCGGUGCGGCAAAGGGGUUAAUGUAUCUUCAUCAUGAUUGUUCACCUGCUAUUAUUCAUCGGGACAUAAAGUCCUCGAACAUUCUCUUGGAUGAGAACUACGAAGCGAAGAUUUCUGAUUUCGGUAUUGCAAAAGUUGCAGAAAACUCCGAAUUGACAAGCUUUGCGGGUACUCAUGGUUACAUUGCUCCAGAACUUGCGUACUCGAUUAAGCUGACAGAAAAGAGCGAUAUAUACAGCUUCGGUGUUGUAUUGCUAGAGUUGAUUACAGGUCGAGGUGUGACUGAAUCGAUAUACGGUGAAGGGAAAGACAUUGUCUAUUGGGUAUCAACACAUCUUGAUAGUGAAAAAGUCCUCCAAGUUUUGGACAAGAAGGUGUGUACUUAUAUCGAAGGUGACAUGAUUAAAGUUCUUAAGGUUGCCAUUCUUUGUACCGCCAAGUUGCCGUCUGUCCGGCCGACGAUGAGGCAAGUAGUGAACAUGCUCAUUGAUGCAGAUCCUUGUAAUUCUUUCACAAGUGGAAAGGAUUAUUGUAAGGAUUGAUGAAGUGUUAUUUCUCACAAGUAACUUUUGCAGUAGUUUCAGAAAUCAAACAUUUGAUCAUGUUUAUGCAGAUUAGGACAUGAAUUUAGUUAAGUUCUCUUACCUUCUUCAUUUGAACACCACGUUAAGGUGUUAAUGUUUUCUUGAUGUCUUGAUGUGUAUCAUCUGUGUAAUUGUAUAUAUCUGGAACUGCUGAAUUUUCUGUAACUUUACACUAUUUUCUCAGUAUUGUAAAGUUACAACUGUCUGUAGGAUUUUGAGGUCAAUAAAAUUUUCUGCAUUAGAUUAGCUAAA